AUGCUCUCAGAGUCACUCCGGCGAGAAAUUGGGCAACAUUUCGUAGUGGGAUUCCACGGACAAGAAGUGAACGACGAUAUACGGAGACUGAUCCAAACGUACUUCGUGGGAAGCGUGAUUCUGAUGAAAAGAAAUGUAAAGGAUGUUGGGCAGGUUAGAAGGAUUGUAUCGGAACUGCAAAUGAUUGCGAAGGAGGCAGGGCAUGAGAGGGCACUGUUGAUUGGGACGGAUCAGGAAAAUGGCAUGGUGUCGGCGAUGAGCUCCUCCACGGCAGCGACACAGUUUCCUGGUGCAAUGGCCCUCGCAGCUUCGGGUUCAAAAGAAAUGGCUAGAGAUGUGUAUGCAGCAUCCGGAAAGGAGUUGAGAUUGCUUGGAGUGAAUUGGGCAUACAGUCCCGUAGCAGAUGUGAAUUCUGACAUGAAAAAUCCGGUUAUUGGAGUAAGGUCCUUUGGAGAUGAUGCCGAAGAGGUCGCAAAGUAUGUUGUAGCAGCAGCCCAGGGCCUCACGUCGGCAAAUAUCGCACCUGCUGCAAAGCACUUCCCUGGGCAUGGAGAUACCCACGUUGAUUCACACCUUGCGUUGCCACGGAUCAGCAAAAGUCGAGAAGAUAUGGAGCUGACGGAACUAAUUCCAUUCCGGAGGGUGAUUGAGGAGAAGUGUGCUACCAUAAUGACGGGACAUAUGGCGCUUCCCUUGGUGACCGGCGGGGAUAUACCUUGCUCGUUGUCGAGACAGAUUACGACGGGGUGGCUGCGAGGAGAUCUGGGUUUCGAGGGCGUGGUGGUGACGGACUGCCUGGAGAUGGAUGCCAUUGCUGAACUGAGCCAGGGUGGCUGUGGUAUCGAAGAGGGAGCGGUUCGCGCGUUGGAGGCUGGUGCAGAUAUCGCGAUGAUAUGUCAUACAAUGGCGAGACAGGUGGGUGCCAUUGAACGCGUGUACGAUGCGGUCCAGGCAGGACGGAUCAGCGCCAACGACUUAAAGGACAGUGGCGACAGAGUGAAGGCCUUGAAGGACUGGUUCGCUGACUGGUCUCUUCCUGCUGACGACUGGAACACGGUCAAGGCUGCGAGUAAAAGGCUCAGCGAGGAGGCAUACCAGAAGACCAUCACCAUCCUCCAGAAUGGCACCUGGCUGAAAGCCACUGACACCGUUGUGUGCUACACCCCUCGACCAGAAAGUUUGAACAAAGCUAUCGACGAUGCCGACGGCGUUUUGAGGGACGGUGCUGGCAAAAUUCGGAAUACCGCAGGACCCUCCUUCGCUGCACUGGCUGAGUCCAUCUCCAAGAGGACAAAGUGCGUGCACGUCGUGUAUCCUAGUGACGAGCAAGUCGAUUGGAACGGGGUGUCAGGCAUCGUGUUUGUCUUGAGGAACGCCGAUAGAUCGCCCUGGCAGUUGGAGUGGAUGAAGAAAGCAGCGGGGAGAAAGACGAAUAUGGUGCUGGUAUCGUGCUGCACGCCGUACGAUCUGAACAGAGUCAGCGUCGAGCACGCAUGCCUGGCAACGUUUGAGUUUACUGCGCCCGCAUUCGAGGCGGCGGUUGGUGUCAUUUUUGGUGAGGCAGUUGCCGAGGGAUAUUGCCCGGUAAUUACCUAA